AUGGGAUGCUGCACAUAUUUCGUAAUUAUCUGUGCUUUAGUCUUUUUAUUUACAUACAUUCAUCCAGAUCUCGAAAGAUUCAGCUUUUAUAGUCCAAAAGUAGUUCUUAUCUCUCCGCAUAAAGGUAUUUUUUCUGCAAAUGAUCCACCUCUCUAUAAAGCAUUAAUGCAAAAACUUAUAUCAGAGUCUGAAGGCUCCAUCUUCCUCGGGGGAAUCUGACCAUUGAUAAUUUGGUAUUUUAUUGAUAAAACUGUUAAUUUUGAUCAAUGCACUCUAUAAAAAGAUUCAAAGAAAUUUUCUCUGAUGAAAUGCACAUAAAAAAAGCAAGCAAGCAAAUGACCUGCAGCCAAGUCUGAAGAAUCCUCUGCAAACUCAGCAAAUCCACUAUAUAGCGAAAGCUCAUAUGUGAGCUCAGUUUUUAAUCAAAAUAAAACACAUUUGCACACAAUUUUGAUUAGAAAUGACAUUCGCACAAAUAUUAUUUCAGAUCCUUACAGGGGAGAAGCCGCUAUUUAUAACUGCACAGUAGAAAAUCUGCUAACGCCAAAGGCAGAAAUUGAGUGAAACUUCGUAUGAAAUUCAUCCAUCCCAGGCAUCGUUAACUUUAUAGGGUCAUCUUAUUCGAGAGAUGAUUUAAUCGCAACACGCAUUUUGGUAAUGAGUUUCUCCUUAAAAUUAGAUAAUUACUCUGUAAAAGUAUUUUUUACGAAGCAAAUAUCUGACAAGAGUAAAUUUUGACAGAUAAGUGCCGAGGAAAUGUCUCCAAGUGAAAUUUUCUCUGACUCCCCCCCCCCUUUAAAUUGGAACAAAAUAUCGGUAAAAUUUCCACUUUUUUGGUAAAUUAAAACCCCCCCUUUAAAUUGGAACAAAAUUUAAUUUUAUAAUAAAAAAUUAUAUAUAUAAUUUUUAUCUAAAAAGUUUUAAUAUAAAUUAAAUGUUUCUUAUUAACUAAAAUUAAAAAUUUAGUUAUAUCUUGCUCUUUUUUAAAGAUAAAAGUAUAAAGAGCAUCUUAUUUAAAUAAAUUUAUUAUCCUUGAUUUAAAUUUUAAAACAAAAUUAAUUUUUUUUUUUUUAAAAAUUUUCAAAAAAAUUUUUGUUUUUUUGGAUAAAAUGAUAUUUUUUAUUUAAAUAGUUUUUUGAUAUAAAUUCAAUAGGAAUUCUUUAUAAAAUUUUAAAAUUUACUUAUUUCUUGCUUUAUUUUAAAGAAUAGAGUAUAUAAUAACAUCUUAUUUAAACAAAAUUAGCACUUUGAUCGAUAAAUUUUCUAAAAUUAUUUUUAUAAUAAAAAUAAUAAUUUUUGUGUAAAUAAUUUUGAUACCAAUUAAUAGUGGGCGUAUUAACUAAUAAUAAAAAUUUAGUUAUAUCUUGCUUUGUUUUAAAGGAUAAAGAGUAAAUAGCGUUUUAUUAAACAAAUUUAUUAAUCUAAUUCGAUAAGUUUUGGAAUUUUUUUUUUUUAAAUUUUUAUAUAUUUUAUAAACAAUUUUAUAUUGAUAUUUUUUUUAAUAAAAAAAAUUAACACCCCUUUAAAUUGGAACAAAAAUUUUUAGUUCCAAUUUAAAGGGGGGGGGAGUGAGUGAAAAUACCGUGCUCGAUUUAACAAUUACUUAUAGAACAAGAGUUGAUGAAGGAUUCUUAUGGAGAAUUCGAUAUUAUUAUGAUAGACUCAUAAACUCAUAUGAAGACUUCCAAUUACCAGGAGGAGCCGAUAUCAAUGCUAUUUCAAAUGAAGCUGAUUUAAUUGUGUAUUCAAGAAGAUCUGAUAUUAGAGUCUUCAGAACUCUUAUCCGAACUACCCAAGAAGUUCCGGAAAACUCCACUGUUCUAUAUAGUGAAAAUGGUGUUUCGUGAUUUCAAAUAGCUCCAAGAGAGUACCAAGAUAGAAGCAAUUAUGAUAUUAGCGAAGUAGUUGGCCUUCAUGUCACUUUAUUUAAAGACAAGUAUUAUUUAGGGAGAAGCUGGGUCAAAAGUCAAAGCUCCUUUUCUGAAGCCUAUUCAAUGAAUGAAUUCUUAUAUUUAAAUGCUAGUGAUAAGGAAUGGAACAUUUUUGAGAAUUUUUACAACAAUGUAACCCUUAAUCCCUCAGAGAGUGAGAAAGAAAAAUUUUAUUUUUUAGGAACAAGCAGCGAGCAAAAAAUUUUUAUUUUUAUAUAACUCUCCCCCUCCGUGAGUGAACAAAAAAAAUUUUGUUCACUCACGGAGGGGGGUUAAUUUGUUUUUUUAAAAAAAUUUAUAUAUAAAUUUUUAUAAAUAAUAUUUUUUUUCUAAAUUUAAAAAAAUCCUAAUUCACAAAAAUUGGAAAGCAAAUAUUAAUUUAAUUUAUAAAAUUUAUGUUUUAAAAAGCAAUUCGUUUAAAAUUAAGCAGAAUUAGCACUAUAUUUCAUUAUGCUAAUUAUCACUUAUAUAUCAAAAUUUUUUUCCAUAAAACAUUUUUCUAUUAAAAAAAUUUUGUUCACUCACGGAGGGUGGGUUUUUGGGCAAAAAAAUAGCGAUUUUUCUAAUGGUUUUGUUCACUCACGGAGGGGGGGGAGUAAGUGAUAUUUAUUAUAAUGAAUUUUUUGCUAAAUUCUGUUGAAUUUUAAACAUCUUACAUCCUAAGGCAUAACUUUUUGAAUAUGGAUGUUUUUACAAAAUUAUUAAAAAUACUAAUCCCUCCGAAUGCGAGCAAAUUUGCUUGCUCACCAGAGGGGAUUAGUGAUAUCAUGGACUUAUCUUCAAUUGAUGAAAUUUCUUCUAUGACCAAUUCAAAGAUUUCCAACCAAGGUGAGCUUUUAUUUAUUGGGCAUAUGGGAAGAAUUCUGUCAUAUGUUCAUUGGGUAAUUUUAACAUUAGGGGAGUGAUGAGAAACCGCCUAACUUAGACUUUAUCAGUACAGCUACUAUGACAGACUUUAACAGAUUAGAAGCCAACUGAAAUGGAACUUAUAUUGCUCUAGUAUAUUUUAUGUAGGUUGUUCCUGGAUACCAUGAAAAGCAUAGGUUGAGGCUGAUUAGAAUGACAUGGGAUGAUAGACAGCUCCUUAAUGAUGGCGCUGUAGAUAUCAGCCUUGACUCCCUACCAGGCUACUUAUUGAACAACGAAAUCAGGUCACUAAAACUGAUUGACCACAAUGAGGAACUUUAUGCUGUCAUUUUUUACUCAGAAGGAACUGUGGUGGUGCUAGAUCUUAAUGAAAUCAUAGAGGAAAAUGGCUUCAGCGAGUCAAAUUUCAGCUACUUAUGGCUUAACUCCAUCACAAGCCUCAUCUCUAUAGGCUGCAUUAGCUGCUUAUUCUUAAGUCGCGGCAUUUGGCGCAGACGAGUAAGACAAAAUUAA